AUGGUAUCCUUAGCUCCUAUGGAUUCUCAUACGAAAACGACAAUUUUUCAAGCAGGGUUAGCUGGCGGUUUAGCCGGAGCGUUCACACGGGCCGUCUCACAACCCCUUGACGUUCUAAAAAUAAGAUUUCAACUCCAAAUCGAACCUAUAGGCAAAGGCUCUAAGUAUAGUUCAAUGGCGCAAGCAACUGCUGCCAUGAUUAGGGAGGAAGGUAUUGCUACGUUAUGGAGUGGGCACAUGCCAGCGCAGUUUUUGUCUAUUACGUACGGUGUUAUACAGUUUUCUGUGUUUGAAGAGUUAACUAAUUUAUGCCGAUCAUGUGACAAACUUUAUUUGAACCACAAGAAUUGGUUAAAUUUUGCCAACGGUUCUAUAGCUGCUACGGUCGCAACUGUCGCGUCGUAUCCGUUUGAUACUAUACGAACUAGGUUGAUUGCUGAGCAGAAGACUAAAAAGGCGUACAAGGGCUCAACACACGCAUUCACUGCUAUGGUGAAGACAGAAGGAAUACCAGCUCUGUUUAAAGGUCUAAAUCCUACGCUUGGACAAAUUGCACCACAUGCAGGGAUGCAGUUUGCAGUGUAUAAGAUUUUUAAAGAUAGCGUUUUUACAAAUAUACCAUAUUUCAAUAGAAAAACUACAGACAAGCAUAAAGUGACAACAUUAACUGCCAAUCUUUUAUCAGGCUCUAUUUCAGGAUGUGUUGCAAAGACAGCAAUAUAUCCAUUUGAUUUAGUGAAGAAAAGGUUGCAAAUUCAAGGCUUCCAACAUCACAGAAAGUUUUUUGGUAAACAGAUGUAUUGUAAUGGCUUAAUUCAUUGUGUGCGGUUGACUAUUGCAGAGGAAGGUUUUCUAGCACUCUAUAAAGGCUAUUUACCUAGUAUGUUGAAAGCUAUGUUAGUUACAGCAUUACACUUUGCAGCUUAUGAUGAAAUAAAGUUACAAUUUAAGAAAUCUGAGAGCUGA